GUGGAACGCGAUCGCGUUUGGAACGCAGCCGCUGAAAAAAAAAAGAUAAACAGAAGCGGCCGGAGAAAUGGCCCACUCCUCGCAAUCGGGAGCCGCGCAGGCGCUGAACGGUCAGCAUCCGGAAUUGGCCUUCGCGGACGCGGACACGGAUGAGGAUGAGCGGGAUGACGAGAUAUUGGCAAAGCUGGAGCAGCGCCAGCUCUUGGGUUCCAUGCCCAGGAAGCAAUCCCUCAGCGAGCGACGCAAUGUGGAGCUGCCCCUUUUGAAGGUGGUCAAUGAAAAGGAAAUAGAACCAGAGGCGGAGACGCCGACUCCCUCGCCGGAGGCCUUUGCCCCGGGACUCCGACGGAACUCCAUAUCCAUGCCAUCGGGCAUCAAUGCCUUGGACCUGGAGGCACUGCGUCUGCGACACCAAAUGCAGCCACAGGAUGCCCUGCACGAGGAGAUUAUAGCCGACGAUGCGGCCUCCAGCCUGGGCACUCCAGGCACUCCGGGCAUUACGGCGCCGACGACAUCGGCGAAUACGCCGGAUAAGGCCGUCAGCGGUACGGCCAUCAAUUUCGCCAACGCCAGCAGCGCCAACGAUGACAGCGAUGACGAGUUCGGGAACGCCAGAAGACCCGUCCACCGCGAUCGUUUUCGAAGUAGAAGACGUGCCUCGAUUGCCCCUCUGCCCGCCCUGCGAUUGAACAGCAAAGAGAUGUUGGCCAGUGACUUUGAUAGCCACAGUCUGGCCUCCAAUCAGGCCUCCAUCACGAGUGUCAAUUCCCUGGCCAGUUUACUCCGCGAAAAGAUGCAGGCCUUUCCACAACUGAUAAGAAAGAAAAAGCGGGAGACCAAGGACUACAAAAUCAAGAUAUUCGUUAUCAUCAUGUUUUUCAUCAUCAUCUUUCUGAUCGGCUAUGCGUACGUGGCCUACCACCAGCAGAUGCUCACGAAGAGCUACUUCCAGAAGAUCAAGUUCAACUCGCACGACCGCAUCUUCCGGAUCCUGAGCCACGAGGACAAGGAGGUGAUCUCGGGCCAGCUGGGCGUGACGCUGGGCUUCGACACGGCGCCGUUCCACUGCCUGGAGGACCAUCGGCGGAGCGAUGGGAGCGUGUGCAUCGAGUGGAACGGGGUGGCGCGGCUGCAUCUGAAUUUCGAGGACAAGGGCGUCUUCCGGUGCUACACGCUGCAGUGGCAAUCGUUGACCCCCGGCCUCCUGCCCACCGAUUGCUACGAGCUGAAGCGGGAUAAUGGCCUGUGGUUCGGUGGUGGAGUGACCAAGGGUCAGGAGUGGUCUCUCAGCUAUGCCAACUUCGACUUUGCACCCUAUGCCUCCGGCGACAGCAAGAUCCAUCAGUUUGGCAACGGUGUGAAGAGGUACUUCAUCAACUCCAUUGGCGUUGCGAUGCAGGUGAGUGAGAGGACCCCGCUCCAAUUGGGGGUCAAUCGCACGGAGAAUCGCUUCUGCCUGCGGGCCGCCAACGAUGAGUUCACCUUCGUCAAUCGACUGACACCGCUGCCCCAGCUGGACUACCGCAUCUGCACCACCGAGGACAUGCGCAGCCUGCACAUGCUGAUGACCCAGCAGAGUCUGUGGGACGGGCUCAAGAAGCUGGACAUGGAGGUGCUCAACUCGCUGCUGGAGGAGCCCGUCUGGCGGAUUCCGCAUGCCGAGACCCCGGAAUCCUUGAACGAAUCCUCCAUUUGCGAUUACUCCGAGAGUGCGAUUGCCAUGGGCCUGGGUCACAUAGUCAUCAACGAGUUUUGGCAGGAGAAUAUUGGCGACUUUACGGUGGAUAAGGCGAGAUUUCCCACUCUAAAGGACACCAUACGAGUGCUGGAUCGCCGGGGCUUCAAGGUGGUGCUCACCAUUCAGCCUUUUAUCAGCACGGAUAGCGCGAAUUUCAAGGAUGCAGUGAAGCAAAAGCUGCUGAUCUACGAACGCCACUCGGAGAGGAGUAUUCCCGCUCUCACCAGGUACAAGAGCAGCUCCAGUGCCGGGGUCCUGGACAUAACCAACAAUGCCUCGGUGCCCUGGCUGCUGGAGAAGCUGCAGCGCCUGAAGGAGGAGUACGGGGUGCAGAGCUUCUACUUGGACCUCGGAACGGGCUACAAUCUGCCGCACUACUACCAGUGCCGCCAGACGCUGGACAAUCCGGACACCUAUGCCCGGCUCUUCACCGCCAGCUUGGAGGGAGCGGGACUGAUGGCCGUCUCCACGGCCAGCGUGGUGCCCAAACCGCCCACUUUCCUCAGCACUCCGCCCGCGAAUGCCACCUGGGAGGGAUUGAGGGAGACCCUGGGCGCCGUGCUCAACUACGGCGUCAUCGGCUAUCCUUUCGUCCUGCCGGGAGUGAUUGGAGGCGACUAUCUGCUGCAGCGUCCGCUCUCCAAAAUGGUCUCCUUCUACUCAAUGGCCCAGCCACCGCUGCCCGAUCCGGAACUCUUCAUCCGCUGGCUCCAGCUGGCCACCUUCAUGCCGGCCAUGCAGUUCAGCCACCUGCCCUCCGAGUAUCGCAGCGAUCUGGUCACCCGGGUGGCCCAGGAACUGAAGGAGGUGCGCACCAAUGAUGUCAUUCCGCUGCUCAAGAAGUACCUCAAGUCCUCGAUGGACGAGGGUCUGCCGCUGGUGCGGCCACUCUGGAUGAUGGAUCCCCACGAUCCCGCCUGCCUCAUUGUCAGCGACGAGUUCUCCGUCGGCGAGGAGCUGAUCGUGGCGCCCAUUCUGCAUGCCAAGCGACAGGAGCGAGAAGUUUACCUGCCGCAGGGCGUGUGGAAGGAUGGCAUCGAUGGAUCGCUGAGGAAGGGCAGUCGAUGGAUGCACGGCUACCGGGUGCCCACGGACAAGAUAGCCUACUUCCGCAAGAUGCCGGAUAACACUCGGUUCUAGGGAUUAUCAAUUAACCAUCAUAAAUUAGCUGCCCCCAAAACCACCACCCAUGUGAUAUGAACAACGUAGAGAGCCGGCAAUUCCGCAUACAUCUAUUCUGUAUUGAGUAACCUAAAUACUAUAUAUAUAGUGUAUAGUAUAUAUAUAUAUAUAUCUAUCGAUAAGCCCGCGAUCGUAAUACAUAAGAUGCCUUAUAGCUAGCGCAUUAUCUAAGCAUUAUCCUUAGCCUAUGUAAUUUCCACAUUUUUUCUUUUUUUUUUUGUUUGCUUGUUUUUGUGCGUAUGAUUAGUUAAGUACAUCUGGGAUGAUCGCUUACUCGCUGAAUAAAUAUGUUCGAUUACAAA